UAAGUGGCUCAGAAAAUGGAUGGAUGGGACAUUUGAGGGUCUCGUGCUGCGACGACGAACGUGGUCAUACCGGUAAAUGACCACUAGAUAGCAGCAUCAUGCCCACCUCACUGUGAAUUCACACCACUCCUUUUUCUCCCCCCCUCUCUGUUCUGUCUCUCUCUCUUUUCCUGUCUAUCUGUUUUCCUGGCAAGAGUCAGUCCUUCGGCGGGGCUGCUGGUUCUGGGGGACCCAGCUGGAGUAUGAGAGCAUCACAACACAAGUGGAUUGGAGGAAGGGAGGCGAGGCGCUUGAAGCAGGUCAGGAGCAUGGGGUGAAGGGGGCUCUCCUCAGCUGACCUGAAGGCAGAUGACCAGUGAUGGCCACAGCAUCACCUCCACUUUUGAAGGACGGUGUGAUAAAUCCAGAACAUCAACAACAGGAGCAAGAGCAGCAGGAGUUCCUGAGGUCGUUGGAGAACAUCCUGCUCACCAUUGCGCUCUCCGUCAUUAUCAUCAUGACGGUGUUCGGCAACCUGCUGGUCAUGGUGGCCUUGUGCAAGGAUCGACAUUUACGGAAGAAAAAGACCAACUACUUCAUUGUGUCGCUGGCCUUUGCUGACCUGUUGGUGGCGCUGGUGGUGAUGCCCUUUGCGGCCAUCGAGCUGACCACGGGUGUGUGGAAAUACGGCGAGAUUUUCUGUCUGGUGCGAACGUCGCUGGACGUCCUGUUGACCACCGCGUCCAUCCUGCAUCUGUGCUGCAUUGCACUGGACAGGUACUACGCUAUCUGCUGCCAGCCUCUUGUGUACAGACACAAGAUGACCCCUCUCCGAGUGGCAGUGAUGCUCAGUGGCUGCUGGCUCAUCCCCACGUUCAUUUCCUUCCUGCCUAUCAUGCAAAGCUGGAACGCCAUUGGCAUCGAGGAUAUAAUCAAAGAGAGGCGGAUCUCAGCAGGUGGCUCCAAUGACACGAGCUGCGUGUUUCUGGUCAAUCGGCCGUACGCGCUCAUCUGCUCCACAGUGGCCUUCUACGUUCCGCUGGCCCUGAUGAUCCUGGCCUACCAACGCAUCUACGUGACCGCCAUGAGCCACGUGCGGCAGAUUGAGACCCUGCAACGUGCCGGCUCAGCGCCGGUCACCGGGACGGCGACCCCCGCGGUCACCGCGAGGUCAUCCACGUGCUCUGAUUUGGCGGACCACUUCCACCUCAGGACAGCUGGGGACGUUUCCUUCCCAGAGCCGGCUCCUAUAGCCAACAGCCGUUUGCGCGUUGAGACGAAGGCGGCAAAGACACUUGCGGUCAUAAUGGGCUGUUUCUGCCUGUGCUGGGCACCGUUCUUCAUCACCAAUGUGGUGGACCCCUUCAUCCACUACUCUGUGCCCUGGCAGCUGUGGACAGCGUGGCUGUGGCUCGGCUACAUUAACUCCGGCCUUAAUCCAUUCCUGUACGCCUUCCUGAACCGGGCUUUUCGGAGGGCCUUCCUAGUCAUUCUUUGCUGUGGGGAUGAGCGCUUUGUACGGCAAGGGAGCUAUUCCUACGGACCGAGCCGCAGAGUGUGCUCGCCAACAUCAGUCAAUGGGACGUCUAUGGCACUGAGAUUGUCCUUCUUGCCCAAUCGAAGCUACUGCGACAACCGAAGAACCAUACUGUCCAACGAGCAGGAGUCGCAGGACUCCCUCGGACCUCUGUGAGGAGGACUUCCCCGGUUGGGGGCUUGCCGCGAUGCUGAGUUUCCUCUGUGACCGUCCAAUUGUACUGCAGCGGUCAGUGGCGUCGCCAUCCCAGGAUAUUUAACGCGCGCGGGUCCCACGUUCCAGUUGUUCAGAAAACAUCUGGACCAGCAGAUGUAAAGACUGCAAGGUGCUUCCUGGUUUUAAUAUAGUUUUUCAUCAUCCGAGUCAACUGCGGGUCCAAUUUUUUGUGUUUUUUUUAAUUGGCCUCACCUGAAACACUUUCCCGUUGACUUUGAACAGAAACUCAUCAACGCGCACAACAUUCAUUAACCUGGAUCCCUUUCCUGUAUAAAUACAAUCAUGUUGCACUUUAACUGACUCCAGUAAGGCAGUGUUUAGUUCAUAUUGUACUGCAACAGGUCAUUUUCUAUUGUUUUGAAAUUGUACGUUCUGCAAAUAUUUAUGACUAUGUAAUACCUUCAUGUUUGUUUGUGUCUUUUGAAAGCAGAAAGGUCCCUCAUACGCCAGGAAAAGGCGCCACAAGCAAAAAAAAAAAAGAUUUGUGAUAAAAGUGAUUAGAAUGCUUGACAGCGCUACUUAAUCAAAAAUUUCCAUUCAUGAUUUCCCUCUUACUAUUUGUCAUAAAACCUAUGUAUCUUUUUUUUUUUUUUUUCAUGAGUGAGUGAGUGAUCUUGGACAAGUCACCAGCCAAUCGCAGCGCACGUGGAGGUUCCAUGAUAAUUUUGUUGCAAAGACAUUUUGGCUUUAAAAGUGGAAAAAAAGUGACAAAGUGAAGCAUUUAAUAUUCAUCAAUUUGUCAAUACUUUAUUAGUCGCACAAAUUUUUUUUAGUAUUGCUAAUAUUGUUAAUGUAACUUAUUGAACACCAUUGUUCAAGUGCAUUGUCUUAUCUUGACCACUAGAGGGCAGAUUGGCAAACCAUUACUUAAACUUCCACAAUCUGAGAUCCAAUGCACACAAAAAAAAACCUCUUUAACAAGGAUACAUAUUUAUGUAACAUUGUUCUGUUCUUGUAGUGGCACGGUGAUUCAGCUGAUAAAGUAUUGGCCUCACAGUUCUAAGGGCCCGAGUUCAAUCCCAGACCCGCCUGUGUGGACUUAACAUGUUUUCUCUGGGCACUCCGGUUUCCUCCAACAUCCCAAAAACAUGCAACAACAAUUGGACGGUCUAAAUGGCCCCUUGGUGUGAUUGUGAGUGCGGCUGUUUGUCUCCAUAUGCCCUGCGAUUGGCUGGAAAUCGGUUCAGGGUGUACCACGCCUCCUGCCCCUUGACAGCUGGAAUAGGCUCCACCACUCCCUGCGACCCUCGUGAGGAUAAGCGGCAAAGAAAAUGGAUGGAUGGUUGUUCUGCUUGUAGGUUGGAUUCAAACUAAAACAAAGCUGGUUCUAAUAAAAUGACCUCCCCUCUUGAACAGCUAAAUAAUAAUAGUAAGUAAUAAAAAUGUUAAAAUGUGUCUAAACAUGUUUGUUUUUAAACAUUACAUGAAAACACAACAUAUUUUAGCCAAACUUUGAGGAGUGAAGAAUUGUGUUGGUGUUCAUCCUGAUCAAGUUGUGGAGCCUUUUCACUUUUGUUUACAUAUUUACAUUUGUCUAUGGAAGACGUGUAUUAUAAUUCCGGCAUUGGGGAAGAAGAAGAAGAAGAAAAAGCAAAAGCUUGGCAGAGGACUGCAACCAAGUAAUUGUUAUUCAUUUUAAGGACACGUUUUGAAUACCACUUUUUCUGGACCUCAUUUUGUUUCACAAUAUAUUGGGUUCAUCAUCCUCUCUUAUGUAUUUUGUCAUAUACUGUACUGCACCUUUGCCUACUUGAGUGGAAACAAUGGAGAAACGUAGGCUGCUACAAACUGCAGACAAAUGUCUUGAAAAAUAA